ACAUCACUACUUCAUUUCCAUCCUCCAGAUCAUUUGGUUUGUGUUCACAGGGAACUUCAUUGUAAUGGCAAAGAGGAGGUCAUGGUUCGGUUGGAUAAAACGACUAUUCACCUGCGAGGCUAAAGCGAAAGCAGAGAAGUCAAGGAGAUUAAGAUGGGUGUUUAGAAGACUUAAACUAAGACAUCAGAUUUCAACUAGGGUGCAAGAGACAAGAACUUUGAACCAAGCAACAGAAGAUCAAAGAAAACAUGCCAUGAAUGUAGCCAUUGUCACGGCAGCAGCAGCUGAAGCAGCGGUUGCAGCCGCAAAGGCAGCUGCUGAGGUUGUCCGGAUGGCGGGAAACGCCUUCACAUCACAACAUUUUGUCAAGAAGCGUGAUACAAACUUAGCAGCUAUCAAGAUUCAGAGUGCCUUCAGGGCUUAUCUGGCGAGGAAAGCGUUGCGAGCACUUAAGGCUCUUGUAAAACUUCAAGCAAUUGUCCGUGGCCGAGCUGUUAGGCGAAGUGUUUCUACAUUGUUGAAGACUAAACCCUCCAACAAAGUUUCAGCAUCAAGUCUCAUCACUAGAACCACAGAAGGAAAACAUUGGUCCAAGAUCAAAGAAGAACUCAAGGUCAAGUGCAAUGGACAGAAGGUUUGGGACAGUAGCGCUCUCACGAAGGAAGACAUCAAAGCCAUAUGGUUAAGGAAGCAAGAAGGUGUGGUCAUGCGUGAGCGUAUGCUGAAAUACUCCAGGUCACAUCGGGAGAGAAGAAGUCCUCACAUGCUACUUGAGUCAUUACACACAAAGGAUAUGAGAAUGAGAAGCUGUCGGCUUGAACAUUGGGGUGAAUCCAAGUCUCUCAUUCCAAGCGAGAUCCUUGUACCGACAAAAGUAAAGCUGAGAACGUUGCAGAGACAAGACUCUAAUGAUGGACAAGAGUCUCCAUUUUCUUUCCCAAGGAGAUCUUUUAGCCGUCUUGAACAGAGUUUAUUAGAGGAUGAGAGCUGGCACCAAAGCUUUAAAGGCUUCCAGCCUUACAUGAGCGUGACAGAAUCUGCAAAGGAGAAGUUUAGAUCACUGAGCACACCAAGGCAACGCAUAGGGGUGAUGGAUACUUGGUUGGAUAAGAAGGAUGGGGAUAAAGUAUCUCUCUGGUCUUCCUUUGUCAGUGAAACUAGUAAGAUGAGCAGCUCUAAGAAGUCGUCUCUGGCACAUUCAUGACACUUUCUUUUUCUUUGUUCUGGUUCUCUUAUAUCAUGGGUUCUUUAUAGAUAUAUGCUUGUGAAGAGUGUUUUUUUUUUUCUGAUUGGUUGGUGUGUUUAUGUGUUCAUUUAUGUUCUUGAGGAUUUUGAAGUAACUUUUAUCAAUGUGAUUCUUUUGUUCAACUCACGAGAAAAAAAAACUGUUGGU